AAAAAUAGGUAGCCUAUCAGGAGUAUAGUAUUGAUAGUAUUGCUUUAACUGUUUGAUCAAGUGAAUACAUCCUAUUAAUUUAAUAACUCUAGUGUUACAGAACAAAAGAAAAUGAGAGAGCAAGUAGGUCACUGUGACAUCUGUUCAAGAACAUUUUCAUCUUUUGAAAGAUUACGAACACAUUGGAAUAAAAAGCACACAGAAGUGCAAGCUAUAAGCUGUUGUUUUUGUGAUUUUAUAGUUGCAGCGGAGCCGUUGUUUGCUAAACAUAAAAAAGAAUUUCAUCCAAAGGAUAGGAUGGCGUGUGAGUUUUGUGCUUAUACCACCGGAAAAUGGAGUAAGCUGAAAAAACAUCACACCAAAGUUCAUGUGGCUUUCUAUAAAGAAAACAUUGCUGCUGAAUUACUAAAGAAAAACUUCAAAAAGAAAACAGUGUUAUCUUCUUGUAAAUUCUCAACAAAUUACAGAUUAACUUCUUCAAAUUGUGGAAAUGUUGAAUUCAGAUGCUCAAUACUGGAGGAGAAAAAAAAUUUAUUAUCAACUAAUGAAAAGACAGCUGAGUUGUACCCCACUAUAUUCAAACCGUGUGAAAAAUUGCAGAUAAAUCAUAAAAAUCAAACAACUGGACCUCAAAAGUUACAGUUAUAUGAAUGUGCCCUGGAGAAUUGUAAAACUUGUCAACUAUACCAUAAUGGUAAACAGAGAGGCAGCGAGCCUCCAGCAGAGAAUUUUGUGUGUGACAUUUGCCAAAAAAGUUUUAAAACCUUAUCUCAUUUGGCUUCUCAUAAAAUUGUGCACACUCCAUUGAAAUGUUUCUUUAGCUCACCUGUUGUCCCAUCAACUGAUGCAUACACCUUUGAAGCUUUACAUAAGUAG